ACUAAUGAAAUAAUAAGGUUCCUUUUUUUUGUUUAUGAUGAAAGAGAAAAAGUAACGUCCUAUCGUUAUUGCCGUUAUUGUUUUUUUUUAUCCUUUCUCUUUAAACCCUUCCUCAAUUAAAAAACAAAAAACAAAAAAUACCUUUCAUUUUACCUAAAAAUUUUAAUUUUUUUUUUUUAAAAUGGAGUCACUUUACGGUGAAUUAAAAGUUGAAAUCUUCAGAUAUGUGUUUACACCUAUGUCACUCGUCCUCCUCAAUCGUAACUGGUAUUCUAUGUCUCAAGAUCCCCAUGCUCGUGCUGAAUGGAUUAUUUAUAAGUAUGGAGAGCACAUGCUCUCUUUCACGCUGUCAGAUUAGGGAAUAAUUUCAUAACGGUAGGAAGUUGUGCAAAUAUUAGUAUAUAUAUAUAUAUAUAUAAAAUUAUUUUAAGAUAUUUCAUGCAACGAU